AGAUGAAGCUCAUCUCUAGAAUCCAGCUGAGCCCUGACAGCAAGCCUAGCUCUGGAAUGCAGACAAAUUUUAAGACCCUGGCCAGCUUGGGGACGAAUCCCAGUUCCAGAAUCCAGGCUAGCUCGGAGGCCAAGCCCUGCUGGAACACUCGAGCAGACUCUGGAACUCUGGACUCUCGGUCUAGCUCCAGAACCCCAGUUAAUUUUGGCACCCAUGUGAGAUUCAUGAAGCAGCCCAGCUCUGGAACCCCAGCCAGCUCAGGAUUCAGAGACAGCUCCCAAAUCGAACCGUAUUCAAGAACUCACACCAGCUCAGAAACGCAGACCCGUGCAGCUGCCCAGUCUAGAUUCCAACCCCAGCCCUGCUCUAAAACCCAGCUGCAUGCAAGUACCCAUCCCUAUCCUGCAGCCCGGUCCAGUUCCAGUGAUGAUUCCAGCUCUGAGACUGGGCCCAGCUCUAGAACCCCACCUAGUGCUACAACCAGGUCCAACUCCAGGAUUCAGACCAGCCCUGGAACGCUGUCCGUCUCAGAAGCAGGGCCCAGCCCCAGCACACAGCUUGGUGCUGAGCCCCGCUCUCCCAGCAGAACGCAGAUCAGCUCUAGAAUGCAGUUUGCUUCCGGGACUCAGACUCAUUUCGAGGCCCGGCCAAGCUCCAGAGCUCAACCCAGCCCAGGCACCGCAGCCAACUCUAGAAGUCAUCUCGGUUCUGCAGCGCAGACUGGUUCUGAAAUCCCAGCCAGCUCCAAAACGCAGACAGUGGCCGAGACCCAGCCAAAUUCCAGAAUCCGGCUAAGCCUUGGAGUCCAGUCUAGUCCUGGGACCCAGGACAUUGCAGCAACAGAGCUAAGCUCUGUGGCCCUGAGUUCCGACAGUAGGCCUGGCUCCAGGACCCAGCGCUGCCCAGGAGCUCAACCAACCUCCGGGACCCAACUCACUUCUGGAACCCUGCCAGGUUCUAGAUACCAGCUCCAGACCACAACCCCAGACAGCUCUGGUAUUCAAGUGGACUUUGGGAAGCAGCCCACCAGCUCUGGAAGUCAGCUUAGUUCUGGAACCCAGCUCAGCUCUAGAACCCACGUCAGUCCUGGGAGUCAGUCCAGCUCUGAAACCCAGACCAGCUCGAGAAUUCAGCCCGAUCCUGGAGCCCACCUUAGCUCCAGAACGCAGUCCAGCGCUGAGACAGGGCUCAGCUCAGAAACCCAGACCAGCUCCAGAAUUCAGCCCAGCUCCGGAGCUCACCGGAGCCCUGGAGCCCAGCCCAGCUCCGGCACUCACACCAGUUCAAGAAUCUGGCUGAGCCCUCGAAAUGGGCUGUGCUCACAGACCCCUGGCCUUGACCCUAGAAUUCAGCUUGAGGCCCCUGCCCCAGCCGGACCUCAGCCCCCAGGCCCACCCCCCAGAGCCCCCACCACAACCCCUAGCAGAGACCCCCAGCCUCUGCCUCAGCCCCAUGAUCAGGUCCAUGGCACCCAGGUCAGCCCUGGCCCCAUUCCAGGCUCACCCCCAGCCUCCUACCUGGCCCCUCAGCCACAGGCCUCCUCAACCCCCCAGAAGCCAGCCCUUCCCCCAAAGCCUGAGCUGGGACCGCAGAAGUCCACCCCACCCACCAUAUCUGUCUCUCUUGGCCCCACCCCCAGGGCAGCCCUCCUGAGCUCCCACCCUUCUGAGUCCCCAGCGCUGGCUCCUGCCCCUUCCCCUACUCUGGGGGAACCAGGACCCCUCCAUUACUGCAGGGGGCUGUAGACUGGGGUGACUUGGCCCUGGUUCCUGUGGUUCCCAUCCUGUCCUGUCCCUUUCAGCUUGUUCCCCCAGAAGCAGCAAGUGACCUUAUAUUCCCAGCAGGCAGUGGCGGGGGUGGGGGCGGGGUACGGUGGUAGAAUCAGGGGCUUCGGUUUCACCGGGCCUGGCUCACAUCCAGGUCCUGGGAGGGAAAAGGAGGGGGGAGACAUCCCGCACCACAUGUACCCUGAGGCUCGUGGUGAAUAAAGGCGCCUCCCAUCUC